AUGACUACCAAAUCCUACGACUGCUCCUACGACUACUCUAUGACUGCUCCUACGACUAUCCACGACCUAUCUACCUCCUACGACUGCUCCUACGACUACCAAUCCUACGACUGCUCCUACGACUACUUCUAUGACUGCUACAACUACCAAUCCUACGACUACCAAUCCUACGACUGCUUCUAUGACUGCUCCUACGACUACCAAUCCUACGACUGCUCCUACGACUACUUCUAUGACUGCUCCUACGACUACCAAUCCUACGACUACUUCUAUGACUGCUCCUACGACUACCAAUCCUACGACUGCUCCUACGACUGCUUCUAUGACUCCUACGACUACCAAUCUACGACCUAUGACUACCAAUCCUACGACUGCUCCUACGACUAUCCUCUCCUACGAUGA